GAGCGACAGGCGGCGAGCGCAGCACUCACAGCGGGGACGCGGUUUGAAAUCCGAUCCGGGCUAAUUUUUUUACCCCCCUCCCUCCUCCCCCUCCAGAGUCCGGAGCUCCAAACUGUUUAGCGGGAGUUCGUGAGUCCUGCAGUUUCACACAGAGGAGCGCCCGAGCAGAGAGAGGAGCUCACAUCAGUCGGACCCGCGCACCUCCGCCAGAUUCCCCGCCGGUUAGAGGGACGAGGUGGACUGUAACUGGGGCUUUCUUCUCAACUCAGAACUGUCAGACCGGGCAAAGGCGUACGACUCGGAGAGAGGAGCUGAAGUUUAUUUGGAUUGAAUAUAAGAGCUGAUCUUCAGUGUAUCCUGGAGGACCCAUUGGACUAUCCACCUUCUCCAGAAGCAGCUGUGCAAUUUAUAGACAUUUAUAAUAGUUGAGGAUUACUGGCAACACGGGAGAUUUUGGGGUUGCAAGUGGACAGGGGACACCUGUGUGAGAGUGUGUGUGUGUGUCAGCACUACAUUGACAUCAUGUGUAGGACUGUGGAAGAUGUGUGAGUCUGGUGUCCGUGGCGAGGACCCUGGGCCACAGCGGCCCCUGGCUGGGAUGAUGGCGCUUUGCCUUCUCCUCUACCUCUCCUCCAUCGUCCCAUCAGCACACAGCGCUCACCUGCCCUCGGCACAGCCCACAGACUGGCGGUCGAGCGAGACAGAGACGGAGAUGGAGCCGGGGGUGUUUCUAGAGGACUACGUGCUAGCCGUGGGGGAAUCGUUGGACCUUCCGUGUAAUGCGCCCAACUUCCUGAUGUCUGUUAUGUGGCAGAAAGACGGCGACGUUGUGCUCCCUGGCAACCGUACACGGCUGAGCCACAAGGUGCUGCACAUCAACAACGUCUCGUACGACGACUCGGGUGUCUACACCUGCAGAUACGAACAGGGCAACACGCUGCUUGGCAACUAUACUGUCAGAGUCACUGAUUCCCUCUCAUCUGGUGACGAUGAAGAUUAUGAUGCGGAGCCAGACGAUGCAGGUAAUGAAAAUGAGGCACCAUACUGGACCCGCCCGGAACGGAUGGAUAAGAAGCUCUUAGCCGUCCCUGCUGCCAACACGGUGAAGUUCCGCUGUGUGGCAGCUGGGAACCCCACCCCCAGCAUCCACUGGCUGAAGAACGGCAAAGAGUUUAAAGGCGAGCAGAGGAUGGGAGGGAUUAAGUUGAGGGAUCAGCAGUGGAGUUUGGUUAUGGAGGGUGCUGUUCCGUCAGACAGAGGCAACUACACAUGCGUAGUGCACAACAAGUAUGGGACUAUCACACACACUUACCAGCUUGAUGUACUGGAGCGUUCUCCUCACCGGCCCAUCCUGCAGGCAGGUCUGCCGGCCAAUCAGACGGUGGUGGUGGGCAGUGAUGUAGAGUUCCACUGUAAGGUGUACAGUGAUGCACAGCCUCAUAUCCAAUGGCUCAAACACAUUGAGGUGAACGGUAGCCGCUACGGCCCCAAAGGAACACCCUACGUUACUGUUUUAAAGAAUCUGACUAGUAAGGAUAAGGAAUAUGUUAAUAGGCUCACUCUGUUCAAUGUGACAGAGGAGGAUGCAGGACAGUACUGGUGUACAGGCUCCAACUUUUUAGGCAAGUCUGAGAUCCCUUUCUGGCUCACAGUACGCCAACCAGCUAUAGGGGAUGUAAAAGACGACGACUACGCAGACUUCCUAAUCUACGGAACGGGCUGCGUGCUUUUUAUCCUCACAGUGAUCAUCAUCAUCCUCUGCCGCAUGCGUAUGAACACGCAAAAGACUCUUCCCACGCCUCCAGUACAAAAGCUCUCCAAAUUCCCCCUCAAGAGACAGGUAACAGUGUCCUUGGACUCCAAUUCCUCCAUGAAUUCGAACACCCCGCUGGUCAGGAUCGCCCGCCUGUCGUCCAGUGAUGGACCUAUGCUGCCUAAUGUCUCAGAGCUAGAAUUACCCUCAGACCCUAAGUGGGAGUUUCCUCGCUCAAGGCUGACACUAGGGAAAGCUCUUGGUGAAGGCUGCUUUGGGCAAGUUGUGAUGGCUGAAGCCAUCGGUGUUGAUAAAGAGAAACCCAACAAGCCGAUCACAGUGGCAGUCAAGAUGCUCAAAGACGAUGGCACUGACAAGGACCUGUCUGACCUGGUGUCAGAGAUGGAAAUGAUGAAAAUGAUCGGCAAACACAAGAACAUCAUCAACCUGCUUGGGGCAUGCACACAAGAUGGUCCUCUCUAUGUGUUGGUGGAAUAUGCCUCCAAAGGAAACCUGAGGGAGUAUCUGCGUGCCCGGAGGCCUCCCGGUAUGGACUACUCGUUCGACACCUGUAAGAUUCCAGAUGAGACUCUCACCUUUAAGGACCUGGUGUCCUGUGCCUACCAGGUUGCCAGAGGCAUGGAGUACCUGGCUUCCCAGAAGUGUAUCCAUAGAGACCUGGCAGCCAGGAAUGUUCUGGUGACGGAGGAUAAUGUGAUGAAAAUUGCUGACUUUGGUUUGGCCAGAGAUGUGCACAACAUAGACUACUACAAAAAGACCACCAAUGGUCGUUUGCCCGUUAAAUGGAUGGCACCGGAGGCUCUGUUUGACCGGGUCUACACACACCAGAGCGAUGUCUGGUCGUACGGAGUGUUGCUAUGGGAGAUCUUCACUCUGGGAGGAUCGCCGUACCCUGGCAUCCCUGUCGAGGAGCUCUUUAAGCUGCUCAAGGAGGGCCAUCGAAUGGACAAACCUGCCAACUGCACUCAUGAACUGUAUAUGAUCAUGCGUGAGUGCUGGCAUGCUGUCCCGUCUCAGAGACCCACAUUCAGACAGCUGGUGGAGGAUCACGACAGGGUUCUCUCCAUGACAUCAACCGAUGAGUAUUUGGAUCUCUCAGUACCGUUUGAGCAGUACUCUCCCACCUGUCCAGACUCCAACAGCACCUGCUCCUCCGGAGAUGACUCUGUGUUUGCUCACGAUCCCCUGCCUGACGAGCCGUGCCUCCCUAAACACCACCACAGCAACGGCAUCAUACGGACAUAGAGGCUUGAAACGCAGCAGCAGCAGUUUUAUACGGGUGUAAACAGCUUAAACACGACAGCAGACAUGAACACCCAAAAAAGUCUAUCAUAAUAAUGCCAUUAUAAGAACACCCUUAAGAGGAAGAGGGAGGGCUCAGGGGUCAAAGACAUGUUGCCAUUCAUAUCCCCUUAUCAACAUCCCAAUAGGAGGAGGCUCGGUGCUGCACGGCACGCAACGGAUCUCCAGCCACACCGAACUAAUCCGCUCGGCUCACUGCGAAGCGGGAAAACAAAAGAAAGCUGCGUGUACGCUACGUCAAGGCUACCGUCAUCAUUUCCUCUUUUUCCUGCCCUUCUUCUGUUUAGAAGCUGACAUUCUGCUUUUUGAAAAUCAUGCUUUUUUAAAGAGAAUUCCUAUUUUUCUACUCUGCCAGUUUAUUUUGCCUUUAACGCUUGGCAUUUUGAAGGGUGAAACCAUUCCGUGCCUAUCGAACAAAACACAGAACCAGUGGAACUGAUUUCGAGACUUAUUAUACAGUAGCUACAUAGUAGAGUGACACCGCCAGUGUCAUUCCACGUAGGACAGUUUGGAGCUGAUGGGAAAAUAUUUGAUUUGCAUGGGAAUCAAACUUAAACCAUUGCUUUCAAACAUAUGGCCAGUUUCAUUUUUUUUAACUGUUCUUCUUCUUCUUCUUUUUUUUUUAUUUUGUUCACGAGAACUUCUGACAUGCCAAUCUUUUAAAGGAGAAGAGUCCCAGAUGUGAGAUUUGAUUUGAGGAAAUAUAAUUGUUGCGUUUUGUAUGUAUCUAAAUUUUCUAUUGUAAAUAUACAGAUAUAAAUAUGUAUCAUAUUGCAGUCCACAGCAGUGUAUGUAAGAGAAAAGAAUUGAUUUAAAAAAUAAUAAUAAUAGUUUAAAAGCAAUGCAUUGCAAAUGAGCAUACGUUGUUGAGGUCAUGUAAACAUUUAAUCGUAAAAAAAAAAGCUAAAAAGUUUUAUUUGAAUUAACAUGUAUAUUUGUAAAGCUAUUUAUAGACUUAACAUAAUGAUUUUAAGGUCUAAAAUUAUAGUCUAGGGUUUUGGUACUGUAAACAAAGGGUUUUUUGUUUUUUUGUUUUUUGUUUUUUUUUUUUGUUUAAUUUUGUAAGUUAUUUACCACAGAGGUACAGCAUUUUCUCAGCCAGUGGAUUUGUUUUUUGUGGCUUUUUGUUUUUUUCUUCUUUAUUUUCUUACAUGUUCCAUCUCUUUGUUUACAGUGGCGAGAAUGUAUAAACACUAUUGGCAAUAUAAGAACCAGCAUAAUGCCAUGAACCAGAAGUUGGGUUCUGAGAUGAAAUGAGAGUGCCACAUGUUUUUCAUUGUGUUGACUGUGAUCUCAGUGUUAAUAUCUGGAAUACAGGGACCACACGUGAUUUUUCUCUGGAGAAGAAACUGUCCGACUUCUGAGAGAUUCAGCACUUGCCAGCGUUUAAUAUAAACACUAUAAACUAAUAUUUUAUAUAAAUAUAUACAAUUUCCCUACAAUUACCGUUGCCUUGUUGGCCUGAAAAAGUAACAAAUGCAGUGAUUUUUCAUAAUAAUUUUUUUUUUUUUUUUUUUUGCAACACUACAUUUUAUUGGAGUGAGACAGCCUUCUCAGAGAAUGAACACUGUGGUUCUGAAUAUCGCUCAUAUGAAGGAAUGCUUUGUGGUUAAAACCCCAAAAGGCAUCAAUUAAUAUAGUAGAAACUAUACGGUCAAACCAUUUUAUAAAAGUGUGUUUUAUGAUUGCUUUUUCUCAUUUAUGCUACAAGAAAAGUGUGAAAUACUGCGAGGUAUCUUCCAUAACUAUAUUUGUACAAAGUGCCAAAAUCUUCCAGCUGCCAAACUUUUUCUUUCUAGGUCUGUUACUGAGUCCAGAUUCUUUCUUCCUCUUCAAUCUGAGAGUGUGUUGCUGAUACGUGAUUGUCUCUUGCUUUGUGAGUGAAACAGUGCAUUGUGCGAAGGUUCGGUUGUGUCUCAGGGUGUCCUUAGACAAUUGUGCAUGAACUGGCAAUAAUGUAUAAAGGGACAAAGGAAGAGACAAGGUGAUGCACUUGCUGCUAAAACAAACAAAAUAAUUGUAGAUUUCAUAUCCGAGGACUGUAAAGCUCGUUCACUGUCCUGUAUUUCGAUUGGCCCUUUUUCUAUUCAUCAAGUGCCUGGCCCAACGGGAGGGUUUGAUGUUUUGCUAGAGGUUUUGAAUGUACAGCCACAGCAGCAGAGACAUAAGCAGGGUGUUUUCUUUAGACACAUUUUGUAAAGCACUUCUUUACUGUUGUUGGAUUACAGCACCCAAAAACAUUCAUUGGGAAAGUUCCAUCUCUUCUUCUUCCAAUCAAGGGAGACCGUUGUCCCUAAAAAACCUGAGAGAGCCCAGUGUUUGGCGUUUACUUAUUGAAACACGCUCUAUCUCCUGAAUGGCUCUCUUCUGUAUGACCUUUAACCUCUGGUUCACCCUCAAAAUCCCUCUCUACUCUACUACUGAAGGCCCUGAACCCCUACCAGCACUUUGGUGCUGCUCCUUUCCCCACAAAUAUUUAUUGUAUUUAUAAUUUAGUUUGUUUAGAUGUGCAUACAACGGUGUUGGUUUUGUGACACUUUUUGGAAUCUAAGAUGGAGGAAGUACCAGGACGUGUUUUGGGGUUGAAGAGGGUUCAAUUCCAUUGAAAAUGUUUACAUUCUCUUCCAGACACCAUGCUUUUCCUGCCGCUGUCAAACUGGCUGGAACGAUUAGCAAUACGGUCUAAUGACCACAUUAUUAUUCAUUCGACUUUAAUGUGUCCUUUCUGUUAGCUCGAUGUGUUAGUGCCAUUCAGCUCUUAUUAGAAGAUAAUGCAGUUAAAUUACACUUUUAAUUUGCAGAUUAUUACCAUGCAUUGAGUAGAUUUGAUAUAGGUUGAUGAAUUUAACUAGGAGUGAAAGUGAUCUUUGCAGUAUUUUCUCACAAAGGAAGUUGGUCCAACAAUGCAUUCCAUGUAGACUAUUUUGGAGGAAAUAAAGUUUGCUGAAUUAAAGUAGCAGGUCAUUCAGCCUCGUUCUGUUUCUCUCACCUUCUAAUAUAGAGACGUGUGUAAACAAAGUGAACUAACGAUUUGACAUGAAUGCUUUCUUUUAUUUUUCAUCCAAGUCCCUGCUCUUAGAACAUUCCACUGUAUUCCCGUUUCACCUAUAGCGGUGAAUUUACCUCCUCCAUACUCACAGUCUGUGCCUGACAAAACAUUGCUGUUAAUUAAAAGAUUAUCAAUAAACACACUACAUGAAA